AUGGAUACUCUCACAAAAAAUUCUUCAGAUCUAAGCCAAAUGCUUGACCCUGAAUAUUUCAAGAGUCAAAGCAGUGGUGAUUCUAAUAAUCAAAAUAAUAAUAAUAAUAAUAAUAAUAAUAAUAAUAAUAAUAAUAAUAAUAAUAUUAUUGAUGUUAAUAAUAAUAAUAAUAAUAUUAAAGAUAGCCCAAAAAAAAAAACUGUAAGAUUCACAAGCCAAGUAGAGUUUGUUGAACCUUCCCAAAGUCAAAAUAAUAAUAAUAAUCAAAAUAAUAAUAAUAAUAAUAAUAACAGUUCACCUGAUAUUAAUAUGUUCGAUAUAAAUAAUAAUAAUAAUAUAUUUGAUGUAUUUCAAGAUGAUAUACCAAAUUCAUUUAUGCUAUCAGUUAUAGAUGGUUCACAACAAAUUAUUUUUAAUGAAGAGGAUGAUAGUGAAGAAAUUCAACAAUCAUUAUCACAGCAACAACAACAAUUAUCAUCAUCAUCAUCAUUGGAUAAUUAUUUAUUAGAUUCAUCUUUGCAACAACAACAACAACAACAACAACAACAACAACAACAACAACAACAACAACAACAACAACAACAACAACAACAACAACAACAACAACAACAACAACAACAACAACAACAACAACAAAAACAAUUAUCAAUAGAAUUAAGAGAUGAUGAAUAUUAUCAAAGUAUAUCAUUACCAAUUUGGGAUGCAGUUACAUCACAAGAUCCAAAGAUGGUAAUGAAAUUUGGAAAAAUUAAAAGAAAAAGAGGUAUUGUAAUUGAUAAUAGAAGAAAGAAAGUACCAGAUAUUACAAUUGAUGAUUUAAUGAAAAAGGAUUUAUUAAGAAUUGGUGACACAUUAUGUUAUUGUAUUGGUGGUGUGAAUCAUUUUGCAUUACUAUUAAGAGAUGGGUAUAUUGAAUAUGAUUCAUUAAGAUUGCCAUCGGUACAUGCAUUUGUAAUUCAUGUAUUAUCAAAUUUAGAAAAGAAUAAAAAGUUUAGAUGGUUUUCACCUUGGGAUUCAGUUUCUGUACGUGGUAAAUCUUUAAAUUUCAUUCGUUCAAUCUUUCAAUCAAAAUUCUAUAAAGGUGGUGAUAAUAUUAUUUAUCAAUAUGAACCAACAACAGCAACAACAAUAAUAAUUAAAAAGCAAGAAUCUCCAAUUAAAUCUUCUUCACCACAAAAAAACAUUUUAAAAGAAUCACCAUCACCUUCAAAAAAUUUAAAAAGAACAUUAGAUAAUACUGAUAAUUCUCAAAAUUUAAAUAAUAAUAAUAAUAAUAAUAAUAAUAAUAAUAAUAAUAAUAAUAAUGAAAAAGAUAUUAGUGAUAAAAAUAGCAAAGAUGAUAAUGAUGAUGAUGGUGAUAAAAUAACUAAAAAACAAAAGACUGAUGAUAAUAUUGAAAAUAAUGGAAAACAGCAAAUGGCAGUUGAUGACGAAUCCACUCAAAGUAUACAACCAGUUUUAAUUGAUGAUGAAUCAACUCAAAAAAUUAUUGAGCAAAAAGAUGAAAAUGAAAAAGUAGAAAAAGAAAAAGAAAAAGCAGAAAAAGAAGAUGACGAGGCAACACAAGCUAUGGCAGAUAAUUUAAAUAAUGAAUAUGAUAAUUCACCAACUAUACCAAUGACAACAAUGGAAUGUGUUAGAGCAAAUUUAAAUACUGGUUUUAGAGAUAAUGACCAAGAUGAAGAUGAAAAUGAAAAUGAAAAUGAAAAUAAAAAAGUUACUUCAAAAAAUAAUAGUGAAUCAACUUUACAAAAUUCAAAUUCAGAUUUACCAAUAAUUUAUUCAUCACCAAAUUAUCAACAAAAUAAAUUUCAAACUCCUAAAACACCAGCACCUUCACCAUCAUCAACACAAGAUCAUUUCAAUAGACCAACAAUUGAACAACCAUCUUCACCUUAUAAAUCACCUUCUAAAUCACAACAACAAGCUUCACAAAAAUCAUCUCAACAACAACAAUCACAACAACAAUCACCAUCCAAAUCUCAAGAACAACAAGCCUCACAAAAAUUAUCACAACAACAUCAAUCACCAUCCAAGUCUCAGGAACAACAAACUUCACAAAAAUCAUCACAACAACAGCAAUCACAACAACAAUCACCAUCCAAAUCUCAAGUAUCACAACAAUCAUUAUCCCAUCAAUUAACACAAUUACAACAAUCACCUGCUAAAUCUCAAGAACAAUCACCUGCUAAAUCUCAACAACAACAACAAUCCACAUCAUCAUUAUUAAAUCACACCAUUUCACCAAAGCAAUCACAAAAUAAUACAAAUCCAGAUUCACCAUAUUCUUCAAUUUCUCUUCAUCAACCAAUUUUCGUUACUCCUUCACCAAGAGGUUCAAAUAUGGGUAGUAUUGUAAGUAAUGGUGGUGGUAGUGGUGGUAGUAGCGGAAGUAGUAGUAUCAGUGGUAGUAUUAGCAGUAGUAGCGAUGGAGGUUUAAAUCACCAACAAUCUCAAUCUUCCCAAUCCUCACAAAAUUCAUCAUCAUCCUCUUCAUCCUCUUCUAUAUUUUCAAUACCGGCAGGUCAAAAACCACCAACUCCAUCUCCACUUCCAUCAAUUCAACCAUCAUUACCAAUCCAAAAUACGACAACAGCAACAAACCAAUCAUCACAACUUGGUAGUAGUAAUAAUAUUAAUAGUAAUAGUAAUAAUCAUUCAAAUACAUAUGAUGAAUUACGUUCAUUCCAAAUUCCACAAUCACAAAAUAACUUUGAAGAUAGUCAACAAACUCUUGAUGUUGAUCAACAACCUUCACAAUAUUUAUCACCAAAAAAAGUAUCACAACAUUCUCAACAAAAAAAAAAUCAAUUAUCUCAACAAAAAUCAUUAUCACAACAACAAUUAUCACAACAGCAACAUCAAUCAUCAUCACAACAACAACAACAAAUUAUAAUCGAAAAAGAAGAAAAUAUUUCAUCACCAUUAAAUAAAUCAAAGAUUGAAUUACCAAUUAUAAUUGCAACAGGAUUAACAGGAUUAAUGCAAUUACAUAUUCAUUCACUUUGUUCUGCAAUUGGUGGAAAACUUGUAACUGAAUUUAAUGAUCAAGUUACACAUGUCGUUUGUAGUACACUCGAUGGUGAUGGAAGUAAAGAGAAUUUAGCUAAAAGAACAAUUAAAUAUCAAAUGGGAAUUGGAAGAGGUGGACUAUGGUUAGUUUCAUUCGAUUGGAUUCUUGAAUCUUUGAAUGAAAAUCAAUGGGUAAAUGAAAGUGAAUUCGAAAUUCAAGGUGACUCAAUUGGGUUAGGUUCACCAUUGAAAUCAAGACAACAACUAUUUGAAACUAAAAGAUUAUUUUAUGGUCAAAGUUUUUAUUUAGCUGGUGAAUUUCAGUCACCAUCCCGUCAAGAGAUUACCUCUGUAAUUAAAUCAUCAGGUGGUAUAGUUUUAGAUCAGUUACCUCCAAAACCUCAGAAUUUAAAUGAAAUGCUUCAAUCAACUUGUACUGUAAUUUGUCAUCCACUUUUAUCCUCAAUUGAUCAAUCAUUAAUUCAAACAAUUUAUCUUUCAACUAAACAUAUUCCAAUUUCUUUUAGUUGGAUCUUUGAUUCAAUUUCAAAGUAUAAAUUAUUACCAAAAGAUAAUUAUUAUCAAUAUCCAAAUUCAAAUAAUAGUAAAUUCAAAAUUAAUGAUCCUUCAGUUGCUUAUUAA